CAAAAACUGAAAAUUCAGCCAAAAUCCACUCACAUAAACAAGUCCCCAAUUCCUGAAUCCUGACACUUUUUCGUCGCUCCUCUCCACAAAAUGGAACAAGUUUCAGAUCAUCCUGGCUUCGCCAAAGCUGCGCUCGCGCCUAUCGCUGCAGCAGCCUCAGUCGGACUGGUCGCCGCCGCCGUCAUGCACUACCGCCGAGGCAAAUCCAGGCCGUCCAAAUCCGCCGGCGGCGACCUAGCUCCGGUGCUCUACCGGACGGAAUCCGGCCGAGUCGGCAGAAUCGAGCGGUUUUCUCAUUAUCUCGCGAGGCAGCUAGGGUUGGAGAACGAAACUGAGUGCCCGCGGCUGACGAAAUUGGCGUAUGAGUACCUGAAGAGGUCGAAAGGCGUCGACGAUAAGAUUUACGAGUAUUUGGCUAAGGAAGAGAACGCAGAGGGUUUGUAUGUGAAAUUGGUGGAGGAAUUUGAGAGAUGUAUUCUUAGCUACUUCGCCUUCCAUUGGAGCCAUGCUCCUCUCAUGAUUACACAGGUGUUGAGUGUUGGUUCGGAGCAGAAGAAGCUGAAAGACUUGGUGAUUGCUGCAACAAGAAAGCAAAGAUUCGAUAAGAUAACAAAAGACCUUAAAGUGAAGAGAAUAUUCACUACACUAGUAGAGGAGAUGAAGGCCAUUGGAGGGGGGCCUCUCGGCUCGUUAAACCACUCCGACGUCAUGGCGCCGGUCGACCUCAGCGAAAGAAGCCCCGUUCUCCUCCUUAUGGGCGGAGGAAUGGGCGCGGGAAAAAGCACCGUCCUCAAAGAUAUCAUGAAAGAAUCAUUUUGGUCAGAAGCCAGGGCAAACGCUGUGGUUGUGGAGGCCGACGCCUUCAAGGAGACCGAUGUCAUCUACCGCGCAUUGAGUUCCCGUGGCCAUCACCAAGACAUGCUUCAAACUGCUGAACUCGUUCACCAAUCGUCGACUGAUGCGGCGUCGUCGCUCCUAGUAACUGCGCUCAACGAGGGGCGAGACGUGAUCAUGGACGGGACGCUCUCGUGGGUGCCUUUUGUCGAGCAAACAAUCGACAUGGCCCGAAAUGUGCACAUUCAUCGCUACCGUAUGGGAGAAGGCUACAAAGUUUCGGAGGAUGGCACCGUCACUGAGAACUAUUGGACUCAAAUAGAAGACGACGCCGAAGAGCCAAAGCCCCGAAAGCCUUACAGAAUCGAGUUGGUUGGCGUCAUUUGCGACCCUUUUCUCGCCGUUAUCCGAGGCAUUAGGCGAGCGAUACAGAUGGGAAGAGCCGUGAGGGUGCAGUCACAGCUAAAGUCGCACAAGUGGUUUGCGACUGCAUUUUCAGGGUACGCACAGCUCGUCGACAAUGCUAGACUCUAUUGCACAAACGCUCCCGGAGGGCCGCCGAUCUUGAUAGCAUGGAAAGAUGGAGACUGCAAGUUGCUGGUGGAUCCGGAGGGAAUCGAGUGCUUGACGGAGGUUCAGGAAGUGAACGCCGGUGCGGAUUCGAUAUACGAGCUGUAUAAAGAUCGGGAUCGAGUAGGGCGAGCAGGGUGGGUGUGGAAAGAUCAAGUUUUGGGUGAAAGAAAAGGCUGUCAAUUUGAGCUCAAAAAUGUUGUCAAGAACAUUGAAGCACCUGCUCUUUCAGGUACUCUCUAAUGCUAAUACUAAUGCAUUUUAUUUUUUUUCUUGCUUAUAGUAUUUGCUACAGAAUAUAUAUAUAUAUGCAAGAAAAAUUGUGACUGGCCUUGCCAAAGUUUUAUAAUUCUAUGGUGUAAUUGUUGCCAUAUAUAGGCAGAGGGAAGGACUUGGAGGUAAGAUUUUCAAGAUAUAUUAAGACUGUGCUAUGAUAUGA